AUUGAAUGAAUGACAACACAUGUUAUGAUAUGACAUGUGUUGAGGACUUUGUUUAUAUGAUUUUAAAUUGAAAUGUGAUUACAAUUUGAAACCAAUUUAUCGGUCAUUUGACACCAUUUGACCACAUAUUGUGUCCGACAGUUACUAUGCAAGAAGUCAACAAAGACAGUGACGACAUGACAACAGACCAUAACAUUUGUGGUCACAAAUACCGACAAUUAACCGAUGAAGAGAUGGCUAAACUGACAAAUGAUUUGGCGAUCAAUGAGUUCAGACAAAACAAGUUAGAAAAGGAGUCGAAGAAGAAUUGGGAUCUCUUUUACAAAAGAAAUACAAAUAAGUUCUUCAAAGAUAGACAUUGGACUCAACGCGAGUUCAGUGAACUCAUCGGUGACCACAUGAGUGAAGAUAGAGACGUCUUUAUGCUUGAAGUGGGCUGUGGUGUCGGUAACACUAUUUGGCCACUCAUUGAGGACAAGACUCGUUUAAAUUUAUAUGUCUGUGAUUUCUCUCCGGUGGCCAUCGAUUUACUACAGAAGAGUCCAUUGUUUGACAGUAAUAAAUGCAAACCUUUUGUGGCCGAUAUUACCGAUGAAUCGGGAUUUAGACAUCAUUUGCCACCGAAUGUGAGCUUUGAUUUGGUUUCAUUGAUAUUUGUGUUGUCGUCAAUCAAUCCGACAAAAAUGAGAACCGCUUUGAGAAACAUUUAUCAGGUGAUGCGUCCAAAUGGUGUGUUACUGUUCCGCGAUUAUGGUCUCUACGAUCACGCAAUGCUUCGGUUUGGAAGUGGACACAAACUGUCGGACAACUUCUAUGUGCGACAGGACGGCACCCGAGCCUACUAUUUCUCUAUCGAAUAUAUGGAAACAUUGGUCAAGUCGUGUGGUUUUGAAGUAAUACAAAAUGAUUACAUUAAACGGGAAACAAUCAAUCGUAAGCUUAACACUUGUGUCGACCGUAUUUUUAUUCAGGGAAAGUAUGCCAAACCAGACAAUAGUUGA